UGCAGAGUCAAGCGGUUAAUCUGUCCAGCGGGUUCACCCACAAGAAGUAAUUGCUCAGCGGUUUUCUCAAAAAAGAAAGAAACAAAAUGGCGGACGGAGCGAACUUGACAACCGCGGCGGCAACAGGCGACGAAAAGUCAGUGAAGGCGAUCUUAGACCGGGGUGUUGAUGCUAACUCGUGUUCACCAGAAGGCUUUAGACCCAUCUGUAUUGCAGCUUUCUGGGGUUACAAUACUAUUGUGCAGCUAUUGCUGAAUCGAGGAGCAGAUGUAAAUGCGUGCAAUAGAGGCACAAAUUGGACAGCCCUUCAUUGUGCAACUUUUCAAGGACAUGGCAAAGUUGUGAUGUCACUUAUGAAUCAUAACCCAGAUCUGUCGAUAAGAGAUAAUCUUGGCAGAUCAGCAGUAGAUUUUGCCUCCGCACUCGAUGCAAUAUGGCCAUUUUUUGCAGCUGCUGGAUGCAAGAGAACACCUAAAGCUGAACUCAUCAGAAAGGAUAUUGUGAAGAAGGUUGAAGUAGGAGAUGGCAAAAUUGUGAAUACAGACAAAGCAUACUUCUCCCGGCCUGGUUCGGCAUAUGUGUUUAAGACUCCAACACUCCGUGGUGAUAAAACACAGCAUAACUAUCAGCAACAGGCUGCCCUGGACAGUGGUGAUGUUCUGACAGGAAGUGAUCCUUUACCAAGCAAGCCCAGCAUAGACAGUCCUGCAUUCUCAGUUUGGAGGAGCUGAAUUAUUGUACAUAGAUGAAUGUUUCAUUAAUAAAUCUGUAAUCAGGCUCCAAUUUCCCCAUGCUCUUUUUAUAUGGGAAGCACAUUUAUAAAUAGUAGCCUAAUCUGCAAUGCAGAGGUGAUACUAAUUCUUUAUGAAAUUUUUGCCAUGGAAUGUUUUGGAAAUUUAACAUGAUCAAGUCAAGUGUUCUGAGUAGUGUUUUUUAAUGGCAUCCUGGAAAACCACUGACGCAAAGCACUUUGUAUGAUAAAUAUAAUUAUGCUGAUAGUUUAAAAAAAGUGCCCCUUAAUAAUUAAUAAAGAUUUUAAAUAGGAUACUAAAAAUACAAGUCAUGUAGCACUUAAGUUGUUAGUAGUUACAUGUGCCAUAUGUAAGACUACUCCUAUUCCUAGUAAGAAUCUGAAGAAAUGCCACGAUAUAAGAAUUUUUUCUAAAACACAUUGAAUGAGGAAAAGCAAUGUUGUUAUGUUGUUUGCUUGCUCAUUAAGCAUCUUCUUAGCUCAAUAUUGUUAGAAACAAUGCUCAGACAUCACUGUCACAUGCAGUUCAUGGGUUAAAUCUAUCAAAGCCUCAGAUAGCUUUCAGUACAUGAUAGUUAUUUCCACCACUGUAAACUCAUUUCAUUUGUAUUUUAUUGCAAACUUAUUUUUUGACAAGAUAAAUGUGUAUGUUUUGAACUGGAAAAUUAUCUGACUUUGAAUGUAAUCAACAAACGUGUGCAAUGAAAUUCAUGCUGUAACAUUAAUCUUACAUAACACCCUACUGGGAUUCAUAAAAUAUUAUAGUGUUUAUAAGCUCACUGAACUUGGAUGUCACUCAGUUAUGUUAGUCAACUGUAUCAUUAAGUUUAAAUUAUCAAGACAGUAAUAUCAUAUUCAUUCUGGUUGAUGAAUUCAUUUAAGAAUUAUUAUUGUAACCAGAAAAACAAGUUUUGGUUUAGCCUGCAGUGCAGGCGUCUUAUUGGGGCGAGUUACCGUUACAACCUUGCAACCGCCUUUUUAGACCGCCAUGUUAGACCG